AUGAUCACACUCUUUGUGGCUCUUUACUCUCUGCUUUGUCUCUGCACAACUGGAAAAACUUCUGCCAUCAAGGAGCUUCAGGUGAAAAUAUUAAAACAUGGUGAAAAUGUAACUAUGGAGUGUAAAAUUACUGGGGACAAAAAGAAGGAUAAUUUAGUUUGGUACAAACAGAUAUUUGGACAAGUGCCUCAGUUUAUGGCAAAAACGUACAGUGGCUCUCUGGGCUACACUUUUGCUGAAGGAUUUGAAGAUAGUCGCUUCAAUAUUACUUUAAAUGAUCAAAAGUUUGAUCUCAGCAUUAAUGAAAUAAGAGAGGAUGAUGGAGGAGAAUAUUUCUGUGGAGAAUUGGAGGGGACUGUACUAAAGUUCACAUCUGGAACACGUCUGCAGUUUGAAGGUGAAGAGAUGAAACCCUGUCCUACACCUGGAACACUUAACAAGAACACACACUCUGUUACACACCAGGGUUCAAACAGCAGAGAUGGAGAAGGUGCUUCAUCAAACAACCAUCAAACUCCCACCAAUCAGGCUGAUGAUGAAGAUGUCUUGAACUAUGCAGCUGUAAGUUUUGCUAAGAAACCUUCAUCCUCCAGAACAUCCAGAGACACGAGCCAUCAAGACGUUUAUGCACAAGUUAAAAUAAAAUAA